CCCAGCCGGCGUCCACAGCGAUAACAGCAGCCCCGCUAGCAUUGCUCAGACCGAACUUCCAAAGGCCAUUCUGAGCCUUUCCCAGACCUGUCGUUGGCUGUUGAGAUGGCCAUGGUCAACCAUGGGCCCAGGCGGUCGGCGGAGAGCGAAGCGGGAAAAAGUGGAACGCGACGUCGUGCAGACCUUCCCUUCUCGGCACCUGCGGCCAUUCCUCUAUUUCGUGUCUCCGGUCGACGGACGUCGUCAACGGCAAAACAGGACAGGUAGUGUACAGUUACACAUCAGGAUGAAAUGCGUCGGGUUGUUGUUACAGGUCUAGGGGCUGUUACGCCGCUGGGAGUGGGGAUCCGUCGCACGUGGAAGCGUCUCCUCGACGGCCAUUGUGGCAUCGUUAAUGUUGGUCUUCGCGACUCGAGGUUUGAUGCCCAGCCAUGUAAAGUUGCUGCUAUUGUUCCGGAAGGUCCGCGGCAGAAUGGUGGCUGGACAGCGUCUGAGUGGUUAAGUAGAGAUGAUGAACGAAAGAUGGCUCUGUUUGCCCAGUACGGACUGGCAGCGACAGAGGAGGCUCUCGAAGAUGCAGGCUGGAAGCCCACAGCCUCAGAAGACCUGGAAGCAACGGGGGUAUGCAUGGGCUCUGGUAUUGGUAAUUUCGAUGAGAUCUACGACACAGUCGUAGCAUACGAUAAAGGGGGCUACCGAAAGGUGUCUCCUCUCUUUGUCCCAAGGCUGCUGAUAAACCUGGGGGCCGGUCAUAUAUCCAUGAAAUACGGAUUCAUGGGCCCUAAUCAUGCAGCUACGACAGCCUGUACCACUGGAGCUCAUUCGGUUGGAGAUGCUGCUCGAUUCAUUGCGUACGGAGACGCUGAUGUGAUGGUGGCCGGUGGAGCAGAGUCGUGCAUCCAUCCCCUGGCAAUAGGCGGCUUUGCACGGGCGCGGAGUCUCGCCACCGCUUUCAACGAUGAUCCUGCAAAGGCUUCUCGUCCGUUUGAUGCAGAUCGUGAUGGAUUUGUCGUCGGGGAAGGCGCUGCUGUACUAGUCUUGGAGGAGCUUGAACACGCGAAGGCUCGAGGAGCCCGGAUCUAUGCAGAGCUUCGAGGUUACGGUUGCUCUGGAGAUGCCCAUCAUAUGACGGCGCCCAAAGAAAAUGGCGAAGGGGCACUGAUGGCGAUGAAAAAGGCGCUGAAGAGCGCGAAUCUGCCACCUCUCUCUGUCGACUAUGUCAAUGCACAUGCCACAUCGACUGUGGUCGGAGAUGCUGCCGAGAACGCAGCCAUCAAAGCAUUACUGUUGGGCUCCAAUGGGAAAAAGAGGCCAUCUGACAUCAACGUUAGUAGCACAAAGGGAGCCGUGGGACAUCUUCUGGGGGGUGCAGGUGCCGUCGAAGCUGCCUUCACUGUCCUUGCUAUUCUUGAAAACGUGAUGCCGCCAACUAUCAAUCUAGAGCGUCUUACGGACGACUUCGACUGCAAUUAUGUACCACAGCAAGCCCAAGAAAACACGAUCAAUGUGGCCCUGACCAAUAGCUUCGGCUUCGGUGGGACGAAUAGUAGUCUCUGUUUUGCUAAGCUGAUCCUGUAAUAAUACCCUGUGAUACUAUUCAAUCCAUGUACUAUAGCGAAGAUAAAUACUGUAUGUAUAUCAAUGCCAGCCACCAAAAUCAAU